UUAUUUACAGAAGCUGCAAAGCGUCGAAGAAACAAUGUUCUGUUUGAAGCUAAUAAAAUUUUGAUAAUCGUCGAACUGAUUGCAUUGUUAGAUGGUCGAAAGUAACGUAAUAAGCUUUUGGAUGUUUUCUGAACUCUAAACGGGGGAUGUGGCAUUUAAGGCUCUUUGUGUGCAUUUGCAGUUGCAGCUCGAGUCGAGAGAGCUGAACCAUCAAGUCUCGCAAUCCUUAUCAGCUGGAUACACAUCCGAAUAAGAAAGGCAUAAAGACAUGGAUAAAACAAGACAAAAGUCACUCAGCCCAGCAGAACAUGACCUUAAACAUAAUGAAGGAAGAUUAUUUUAUCUGGAUGGGAAAAGCCCAAGGUCCAACAAUUCAUCAUCAACUGAAGAAGGUGGGGCUGGCAGCUCAAGUAGUUUUGACAACAGUUCAACAGGGAGUACAUGUAGUAGUGACAUUCAAGGGCAGCCUUCCAGGAAGAUAUUCACAAGGACCAAUCACAGUGAAAUUGAGAAGAGACGAAGACGGAAGAUAAAUAAGUUCAUCGAUGAACUGGCAGAACUUGUUCCUAUUUGCAAUACUUCAAACCGUAAACCUGACAAAAUAACUGUUUUGAAAAUGGCAGUUCAGUAUGUUCGUGUUUUAGGCCACCGCGACGAACAGAGAAGUGUUCUUAGCCAACGGUUUAAGCCCUCCUACUUGAGUGAAGAAGAAAUGGGCUCACUAUUAGAAGAUGCCGCAGAUGGCUUUCUGUUUGUUGUCAGCACUGACCGUUUUCAGAUACUUCAUGUAUCACCUACUGUUCAAAAAAUCUUACCACUUAGUCCGUUUGAUUUGGUUGGCAAGCGCUUUUCUGACGUCCUCCAUCCAAAUGAUGUUGCAGUUCUUCACGAGCAGCUUACCCCCAUGCAGGCUAGCAAGUCGUCUCUGUCUCCUCGGUACAUAUACAGUCCAGCUGACUCAACACCAAGCUCAAGCAGGACCUUCGUAACAAGUUAUCGGAGAGCGUUUUUCUGUCGCAUCAAGAAUCACUUCCUUGACGACCAUGACAUGAUUGAUGACGACAUUGCUGCAGGAAACGUUGGAAAAUCUUAUCAACCUGGCUCGGAUGACAUUAGAGACUACUCUUUGCUUUAUUUUGUUGGUUUUAUAAAAUCUUGGCAGCCGGCUGAUACGCCACUGUUUUCAAUGGACAGUGAAAUCGACUUAUCAACUUCAUCAUGUUUCUUUGGAAUCGGCACCAAAGUGGAAGUUUUAGCUGAACAAUCAAACUCGAAGUCGCUCAAUAUAGACAAUGACCCUAUACAGUUCACAUAUCGCUGCGCAGCCGAUGGACGUUUUUUGCACGUCGAUCCGAAAAUGGUUCACGUAUUUGGGCACGUGCCCCAGGAGCUCAUGAAACAGAGGUUUUACAGCUACAUAGCUGUAGAGGACAGAGAGACUAUAAAGGCCUUCAUGGAGGAUCUUAUUCGUAGGAAAACGUCAGAAAUGGCUGUAACUGAUGUGUAUCAUAUAGUGGCGCGAAAUGGCAGCCUCGUUCCGGUUAUUAGCGCAAUGCUUUGCUUCUACAACCCUGUGACAAAGAACCUCGAGUACAUUGUGGUGCAAUCAUGUGUCGAUUUACAAAUUGACCGAUCCCCUGCGCUGGAGCAAAGCUUUGAGGUAUACAGUUCCCGUGAAAUCCCAGUCUCAAAACCAUAGCGAGGCCAUUCAGUUUCCGCGAGAAUCAGUAUUCGACACCAAUGUGAUGAUUCCCGCAUCUUUGCUGAUUUUAAUUUGAGGUGAUUGAAACAAAGAGCCAUACAUGGCAUGUGGCUGUGUUGGACUUAUCGUUAAACGAAAAAAAACUGUUUAAAAAAGAAGUUUGUCAAUCUGAUUGCUUUGCCUACUACAUCGUAAAAGAGCUUGAAGCUAAGGCACACGAAUUUCAUAAAGGAAGUAAUUCCAUAAGAUGGCACUCUAGAAAAACUAUUUCUCGCAAUUCGUCGUGGAAAGAAGUAUAACUGACUGAAUCUUGCCAUAAUUCAGGGAAGAUACAGCUGAAAGUUCAGCACAUCGAAGAACCAUUUUUUGAUCAUCUCAUUUGAAAUUUUUUCUUUAUUUUUUUAGUCGAGGUGCAGUAUUUUGUGAGCAAAUAUUAUAGUCACAGAUUAUUAUUUGUAUAUAGUUAUUUAGAGUACCUCAAAAUAAAAACGAAAUUGUGUAAAGUUUCCGAAAUUAACCUCUAGCUCCUGAGUUAAAGAGAACUAAUUACGUUAAGAUGCUGAAUUGUAUAUUUAUCUGUGGAUCAUCCAUUUUCUUGCCAAAAAUUUUUUGUUUCGGCUGCAACUCCUUGUUACUUUGAAUAUUGUCGCUAAAAGGCUCCAAUAUGAACUGAUUUUAAUAACAUUUUAUAUAUAAGUUAUUAAAGAUUUGUUCUUGCAUAAUGUUAUACGGUCAAUCGCAACAUAACCCCAAAUCUUCUCCUCCUUUAAACGAAAUGGGUGUUUUUUAUUCUGGCGGACGCGAAAACAGGGGCGUCACACCCCUCCCCUCCCCUCCCCCCCAAAUUUUGUUCGUCAGCACAUGAAGGAUUUCUGCAGGGCAAAAGAUGGAAUUUUUGUACUCACUCUGUAACCUUUUGCAACAAUUGUGACAUAUUAACAUUUCUGUGUAGUUGAACUUUUAAAUGAAUGGCGCUAGAGUAUAAACUUUGAAACAGAAACACAUAAAAGUAGCCUGUCAGAGUAUCUAUUAUUUGACCACACCCUUAAAGAGUGAGACACGCCCUUUCUGUCGGCAAAAAUCAGUCCUUCACUUCUUCAAACAAUUUUACUAACUCCGCCCCUGCGCGAAAACAUAACACAUAAAGCUAAUACCAUAGAGAUAUGGCUAAAACCCUUUCUUCCGACACUCCUCAAAGUAUAAAACGUGAGAUAAAACUUUGAAAUGACAAAAUUCUGUAGAAUCUUUUGCUAGUGGCUAGCUUUGCCUUGUAGUAAUAAAACCCUGCUUAACUUAUUUCUGUCGUUUCUAGCCCUGUUUCUGCCAGGCAGGUCUUUAAGUCUCGUUUUCCUGAAUGUAUAUAAAUACAAAGCAUGACAUGUUUGGGUGAGUUUAAAGCAGACCUCUCUCUCGAUAAUCGUCCAGAAGAGGCAGAACGUCGAAACAAAUUUAGGCCUCCUCCCGUUGAUUUUAUAGACCCCGGUUAGUUUAACAAAUAAAGCAGAAAUGAGGAUCUUUUUGCUUGACAAAUUUAAGAUAGAAAUUAUUUUAAUUACUGUUUGAGUGUCGAGAUACCUCUAGAAUACCUUGGCGUAGUGGUAAUUUCUUUUUUCAACGACAAGCGAGCUGCUGGAAACUGCAGAUACGAUUAUCCAUUGCAUUUAUGUGUACAGUAAAGUGACGAAGAGUUUUGUGUACAAUGUUUGUAUGUAUGUUCUAAAGUGCGUAAAUUGUUAAUUUCUCUCAUUUCAAGAAUAUCUAUCAAUUUUGCUAAA